ACUCCAGCAGGAAAACGCAAAGGAGAAACACAAGUAUCAUUUCCAGAUGGGAUUUUAUUGCAGCUGAUGAAACACUUCUUAAUGUUUUCACGCGCACUAUUUAUUCCGGAUCUCCAUCUAAGUGGGGUUUUGGUUACUAGAGAUAACCACUGAAUUCUCUGAAACUGACUUCACGAAGAGGAUACACAUGACUUUUAUUGCACUUGGUCUACGAUGAGAUGUUUAUUUAAAACCAGAGUCGACUAAAGAGCUUAUGCAGUCUUGAUGACAUCAUUGUGUAAUAUGCAAGCCAUUAAGAAAGAGCCCCCAUGCAGUGGGCCCUACGGUGGAGAGGACGCCUUGGUGCUGGCUGUAGCUUUGCAAGGGACAGACAGGGACCUGAUUAACCACAAACUGUCCACCCUACCUUUCAAGUCCAAGUCCACCAGCUGUCGCCGGAAACGUGAGUUCAUACCCGAUGAGAAGAAAGACAACCUAUAUUGGGAGAGAAGGCGCAAGAACAAUGAAGCAGCCAAGCGCUCCAGGGAAAAGCGCAGACUAAAUGACAUGGUUCUGGAGAACAAGCUUAUGGCCCUUGGGGAAGAGAACGCAUCGCUGAAAGCUGAGCUUUUGUCACUUAAACUCAGGUUUGGUCUAGUGAGCUCAGCCGCUUAUGCUCAGGAGGUGCAGAACAUCUCCACUUCCACUGCUGCGCUCUACCAGGACUUUAUGUCACCCAGUGCCACCAAGGAUUCCUACCCAAGUGAUCUGGAGCCAACGCGUUUGACCAGCAGCUGCAUUUCGGUCAUCAAGCACUCACCUCACAGCGCCUUGUCCGACGGAUCUGACUCUAGCACAGUUACCCAGGGAAGCCCCCUAAUAAAUAUUUCUAGAUCCCCUGACAGCAUCAAACAAGAACCCCUGGAAACUGGCAGAUACUCCAAAGAGAGGAUCAGUCCUUAUGAACUCUACAGGAACUACCUUAGUAGUCCUUUUCCUGGGAACUUCUCCCAGCCAUCUCCGUUCUUACAAAUCGCUAGAUCGUCUAGCAAUUCGCCACGAACAUCUGAUGGCGACGAUGGCGCCGUAAGCAAGUCCUCCGAUAAUGAGGAUGAACAGCAGGUCCCAAAGGGUCCAGUUCCAACCAGGUCUGAUUCACAGAGCGUGAUUGUGUCAACUCUCAAAGUGCCAGAUUCCAGUGCCUCAGCUUUACCUCACAAGUUGAGGAUCAAAGCCCGGGCCAUCCAGAUUAAAGUGGAGGCAAUCGAUCCCGAUUAUGAAUCAUCUGGAAAGUCCUCCUUUCCCGUUGACAUGUCUGCAAGAAGACGCUACCAAAUGAGUCAGUGUGCUACACCCGAGUACAUUCAAUCAUCUCUUAGCCCGAUGUCCUUCCAGAUGACCAAUGUUCAGGACUGGAAUCACCGACCGAAGGAAUGGCACGAGGAUCACCAGGAGGCCCUAACUAGCUACAAAUACCGGCAAUGUCCAGACUCACCAAGACCUGUGCCUAACAAACUCAUCGUUGACCUUGAAAAUGACUCGUAUGCCAACUCUGAAUCUGAGAAUUUGUACUUGAAGCAGGGCAUUGAGGAUUUGUCGGCAGAAGUGGCCUGCUUGAAAAGACUGAUUUCAAAACAGCAGGGGUCUGUUAUUGAGUCCACGAAAAGCACUACUGAAAUUGACUCCUCAUGAAAAGGAUGUUUCUGAAACGGAGUUCCCUCAAUUUGCACAACGCCUGUUUUCCACUGUGUUCGCUACUGCACUGUGCGGUUGUUAUGGUGUCAAAAACCUGCACUUCAUUGAGAAGAAUGGUGUUUUGUGCACUUACUGUCGUAGUUUGGCGUGUCUUCUUGAUGACUCCAGUUGUAGCUCAAAAGCCAAAAAUUGGGCUGCUGUUAAUGUUAACUUCUCGAAUUGUAUUGUACAUUGUAUGUUUUCUUUUGUUUACAAUAAAUGCAA